AUGUCAAAACUAAACACCUUGAAUCUCUAUUCUACCACAUCUCUCACAACUCAAGAGACGCUCCAAGCUAUUGAAGCUUACCCAACAGACACAACCACUACUAAACUUGUAGAUGAUAAGGAAGAAAGCGAUGAAGAGGAGGAGCCGCUUAUCCAACAAUCAGUUGAAUGCCGUAUUUGCCAAGAGGAGGAUUCUGUUAAGAACCUCGAGUCUCCGUGUUCUUGCAGCGGCAGCUUGAAGUAUGCUCAUAGGAAGUGUGUUCAGCGUUGGUGUAAUGAGAAAGGCGAUACCAUCUGUGAAAUAUGCCACAAGUCUCAUCAACCUGGCUACACAGCUCCACCGCCUCCUCCUCCUCCUGAUGAUACCGUUAUUGAUAUUGGUGAAGAUUGGGCUAAUGGUGUGUCCUUAUACCUGAACGACCCGCGCAUUUUGGCAAUGGCGGCUGCUGAACGCCACUUCUUUGAUGCGGACUCUGAUGAGUACGCUGAUACCAACUCUAGUGGAGCUGCGUUUCUUCGCUCCGCUGCUCUUAUCUUAAUGGCACUUUUGUUGUUACAACACGCUAUGAACCUUUCAAACAACAACUCGGACGACCAAGAAGAUGAUGAUCCAUCAGCUUUCUUCUUUCUUUUCAUGCUACGUGCUGCUGGUUUUCUCCUUCCCUGUUACAUCAUGGCUUGGACCAUCAGUAUAUUACAACGCCGUAGACAACGACAGGAAGCAGCCGCUUUGGCCGCUGCAGAAGUUGCGUUUAUGUUACACAGCGGUGGUGGAGGUGGAGUCCAACACAGAGGAGGGUUGCACUAUGCUGUAGCACCUGAGCUGGUACCGAGUCCACAACAACACCAACCUGAAUCUUCACAGUAAUGAUGAUUAUAUUCUUGAAGAAACUGAGAUUAAAAAUAAAAUACAGAAAGUUUUUGUGUCUAUGUUAUUACAGACGAGAA